UCAAAUUUCAAAUCAUUCUUCUCCCUCACAAUAAACCCACUCUUUAUUCCUUCUCUUCCCUUCUGAAUUUUGUCUUGAAAAAGCCAAAACACACAAAAAAAUAGAACUGUAUCCUCUGGAAAAGAUCCAAGAAAAGUUAAUUCUUACAAAAAAACAGCUAUGGCUUCGCAAUGGACAAUACAAAAACUUGUCACUUGGAGAGUCAAAGAUUGGGCUACCUGUUUCUUGGCUUCCAAGAUUCCUAUAGACGUAGAUGAAGAUGGAGUUAAUACUUCCGGAAACACAAUGAACAGCAACAAUGUAAUGUUUAAGAGAACAAAGAGGAAGAUGAAGAGUAAAAAGAAGAGAUCAGAGAGGAAACUCAGUCUAAGCCCACCAGGGACACGUCAUCAUCAUCUAAGAAGCAGCAGCGUUUCUCCUACGUCGGCGUCUCAGAACCGGCGGUUGAGCUGGCAGCAGCAGCAGCCACUGGCCUCAGACGAACCUGGCUUCAUUGUCUUCUGCUUCGACCGUGAAGACGGUGGGUUUGACGUUGUCAAAGAGGGAAAGGAAGAGAGGAAGGAGGUGGAAUUGUCCUCGGAAAAGUCACCGAGGACGGUGAAUCGUAAGCUUAUUUAUGGAGACCAAGGGGAAGUGAAAACAGAGAAGGUUAACUCGCCGGAGAUUAAAGAGCCAGAACAAGAUCAAGAUGAUAAGACCAAAUUCCAAGAAACUAAAGAUGUUUCAUGUGAUGUUCAUAAUCAGAAGAAUGAGGAAGAAGAAGUUGAUGCCUCUGAUAAAUCUAGCGGGUCUAGUCACUCGGACGAAAGAAGGGGAUCGUUUGCAUUUCCCAUAUUGGGAGUUGAGUGGAUGGGGAGCCCUGUCCAGAUGCCUAAAACAGAUGACUUAUCUCCCGAGAAACAAAAGCCAAUUGCUUUAGGGUUUCAGUGUUGUCGAUUCUAAAAAGGGAGAAACACUCCAAAAAGUUUUUUAUGAGAUUCUUUUGCACUACUCUGUUUCUGAGUAAUAUAUAAACACUUUGAAAGGACAGAUAACCUACAACGUUAGAUUUAGCCAUAAACUCUUACAACCACAAACAAGUCCACUCUCCAUCUUAUGCCACUAUGUAUCAAUGUCAAUCAUGCCUAAAAAUAACAAAAUUACAAGGACUAGAAGUAAGACAUCUCUCUCUCUCUUCUCAUGGAAUGCAACUUUGGUGUAAAUCAUGAAGACACUCCGCAGCUUAACAUAAAUCUCACUAUAAUAUUUCUCUGUGUUGAUCAAAAAAAAAAUGUCUUCGUUAAAACGUCGUCGUGUCAUAAUAACAAACGAAGUCAAAACGCCGUCGUUUAACUGAGCUCUACUGUGCAAAAUGUCUUAAACCCAGGUGG